UAAAUUAGUUAAAAAAAUUUGCGUAUUUCAUUCGAUAUAUGUGCAUAAAAGUAAUUCACCAUACAUAGAAUCAUUAAAUUAUUUAAUAUCUUCGUUUUGAUUGAUAUGAUAUCGACUGAAAACACAUACAGAAAUAUACCAUUGUAACAAGGAGAUUUUUACAAUUAAUUGCUCAAUACUAGGUAUAUAAUAAAAAUCGAGCAUUAAUAUAGAUUAUGAAGUUAAUGUUAUGAUUAUUUACAUGGUAAUGUUAUAAGAAAUAUUACUAAUAAAUAUUUUACUUCCACUGUUGGAAUAGUUUAAAUAUAAGAUAUGUAUGUUUACAGAUGUUGAAAAUUUUAUCAAAAGUGUCAUUUCUCAAACCGCAUAGUAGUUGUGAUUGUGAUAAUAUUGUAUAGAUAAGUUUGAGGUUUUUUAUUUUUUCCGUUUCUACUUCUUUUUUCUUUCUUUAAAUUCCUUCUUUUUUUAAGGAUAUAAAAUAAGAGAGCAACGAACGAAAACUAUAAUUUUGUCGAACUCAAACUCUUUCGUGUUAGGUGCAUAAAAUAUUAUCGUUUAAAUUUAUAAUACAGUGUUACGCACGAAUUGCAUAUGGCUGAAUUAUCGAGACCGAAAGUGUGCGUGGUAGGAGCUGGCGCAGCAGGCCUUUGCGCAGCAAGACAUUUCGCUCCAAAUUCAAAUUUCGAAUUGAAAGUUUAUGAACAAACAAAUGAUAUCGGCGGUACAUGGAUUUACAAAGAAGCAACUGAAGUCGAUGAAAAUGGUUUGCCUGUUCAUUCGAGCAUGUAUCGGGAUCUAAGAACCAAUUUACCAGCAAAAAUUAUGAAUUUUCCUGAUUACCAGAGAUUGAACGCUGAAGAACCUUGUUGCGUGACACAUCAGGAAGUUCGAACUUAUUUACAAAAUUACGCGAAACAUUUUGAUUUAUUGAAAUAUAUUCAAUUCGAUACAAGGGUAGAAUCUGUCCGAUUAAAAAAAUCAAUCGAAGACAAAGAAGAAUGGGUUGUCCGAAUAAAAAUGUUAAAAACGAAGCAAGAGGAAGAGAUUAUUUUUAACUCUGUGAUUAUUUGCAAUGGACAUUAUUUCGAUCCUUAUGUUCCAACGAUACCAGGAAUGGAAAGUUUUUCGGGUAAUGUGAUACAUAGUCAUUCAUACAGAAAACCAGAAGAUUUCUCCGGUAAGAGCGUUUUAAUUUUGGGCGCAGCAGCUUCUGGAAUCGAUAUUGCUCUUGACUUGGUUAAUCACGUAACUCGAAUAUAUUUAAGCCACAAUAACGAAAGGUUAAAUGGCAAUUUACCAUCGAACAUAAUCGAGGUGUUAGGCGUAGAGAGAAUAGAGAGAGAAAAAAUUUUUUUGAAGGAUCAAAGCUUUGUUACAGCGGACGUAUUCAUGUUUUGCACAGGAUAUCGAUAUAGCUUUCCAUUUUUAGACGAAACUUGUGAAAUACAGGUGGAUAACAAUUUUAUAACUCCUUUAUAUAAACAUUUAAUUAAUAUCAACCAUCCUACAAUGUGUAUCGUCGGUAUACCGACUGUUGUUGUUCCAUUUCCCAUGUUUCAUAUGCAGAUACAGUAUUUUCUUGCACUAUUAGAGAAAAGAAUAAGUUUACCGGCGAGGUUAAUUAUGUUGGAAGAUUCAAAAUUGAAGACAUCGAAGAAAAGACACGCGCACAAAUUAAUGAACAAACAAUGGGAAUACAACGAUUCGUUGGCUGAUGCUGGAGGUUUCGAUCGUUUACCAAAGUUUUAUAAACUUGGUUACGAAGUGUGGUCAACUCAGAGGAAAAUGAAUCUUUCCAACUAUAAGAAAGCCAGAUUUGUUAUAUCCAGUGAUGAAAAAAGCGUCGAGUUAAUCAUACCGAAUCAAAGCAUCGAUCACAUUGGUGUAGACGCCGGGUGAGUUUGGUACACCACAUUCGUAGCCCCACGAAGUUAUACCGAUUACAGUGAAAUUAUUAACCAGUGGACCACCGGAAUCACCCUAUUAUAAAAUGAUACUUAGUC